AUGAUGACCCAUACACUCCCACCCCCUUCUACCGGACAGAACUAUGUCGUGGUGACCCCGAUCAAUGGAGGCGAAAUCACACUCCCUGAACGGUCAUUCGUUUCUCCAAGUGAUCCAGAGGCGAUAGUUACUGUUCCAUCACUGUGUUUUCUGAUAUCCCACCUGGGUGUUGAGGGUCAACGCAGACCCAGGUACCUACUCUUCGACCUAGGCCUCCGUGCCCACCCAGAUAACUAUACGGACGAGCAGAAAUCCCAUUUGGAAUCGCGUGUCCCUUACCAACUUGGGCCAGGAGUUGCCCAAUCUCUACGGGAUGGUGGUCUGACUCCAACUGAUAUUGACACCGUCAUCCUCAGUCACCUCCACUACGACCAUCACGGCGACCCAGCAGACUUCCCCAGCGCACAGUUUCUUGUCGGAUCAGGCUCCCUCGGCCUCCUUCAGAAUGGGCUUGGGAUUAGUGCCUCUCAUCAAUUCUUUGAUGCAAACCUAUUCAAUGGCGUUUCACGCGUCGCCGAGCUCCCAAGCAACGGCACACCUCUUUGGAAACCGCUUGGCCCGUUCGAGGCAACGCUUGAUUUGCUGAAUGAUGGAUCUAUCUACGUUGUCGAUGCACCGGGCCAUCUCCCUGGUCAUAUCAAUCUUCUCUGUCGCCUUGGAGACCGCCAGUGGAUCUAUCUAGGAGGGGAUAGUUGUCAUGAUCUACGACUGCUUAGUGGGGGGCGAGAGAUUGCUACGUGGGUGGAUGUGCAUGGAAACACGAAUUGCAUACACGUGGACAGAGCGCGAGCAAAAGAGACUUUGUCGACUAUUAGGAGGCUGCAACAGAUGGAUGAGGCGGACGUAGAGGUUGUCAUGGCGCAUGAUGUGCAGUGGUGGAAGAAAAAUCAACAUCGAGCCUUCUCAGUGUCGCGUCGUUAG